AUGGCGAAGAGUGCUGUCCACGACGUCGGCGCUCGCGCUGCUCUUCGCCGUCGCGGCGCGUGCCCGGUGACGAAGGACUCGACGGUUCGUCGCGUCACGGUGUCGAACGACGACGGCGACGUCCAUCUCGAGAGCUCGGGCGCGGGCUCUGAAAUCGUCCUAAAGUCUCAAAAGGUUCGCGUGGACGGCGACGUGUACUGCUACGACGGCGACGUCGGGAUCUCGCAGCGCGUCGACGGGUUGGCGGUCAAAGACACCGCGUUAAGUGGACGCAUCGACAAUCUCAACGCCACGGACGAUGGAUUGAAGAAGACAGACAUUACAUUGAGUGGACGCAUUGACGAUCUCAACGCCACGGACGCAGAGUUGAAGAAGACAGACACCGCGUUAAGUGGACGCAUCGAUGAUCUCAACGCCACGGACGCCGAGUUGAAGAAGACAGACAUUACAUUGAGUGGACGCAUCGACGCGCUCAACGCCACGGACGCCGAGUUGAAAACCAAAGACGCCGAGCUGAGUGUGCACGUAGCGUCCCUGAACGCCACCGACGCCACGCUCAAGGGCGUGGACGAAGGGUUAUCGAGCCGAAUCGACGCCUUGGUCGACGUGUACAUUCACGAACUCAACCUCACCGAUAAGCAACUCGUCGUCACGGACGCCACCCUCGGGUCGCGCGUCGACACUCUGAACGCGACGCAGUACGAGCUCAAGGGCGCGGACGCGGGUCUGUCGAUUCGACUCGACUCGUUGGAGUCGUCGAGGAACGAGUCGCAGCGCGUGGACGCGCACGUCUCGGCGUUAAUCGCGUCUUUGAACGACACGGACGCGACGAUGAAGAGCGUGGACGAAGGGUUGGCGAAUCGAUUGGACGUGUUGAACGCCACGGAUGAUGGAUUGAAGAGUCGGUUGGAUGAUCUCAACGCCACGGACGCCGAGUUGAAGAAGACGGACAUUACAUUGAGUGGACGCAUCGAUGAUCUCAACGCCACGGACGCCGAGUUGAAGAAGACGGACAUUACAUUAUGUGGACGCAUCGACGCGCUCAACGCCACGGACGCAGAGUUGAAAACCAAAGACGCCGAGCUGAGUGUGCACGUAGCGUCCCUGAACGCCACCGACGCCGCGCUCAAGGGCGUGGACGAAGGGUUAUCGAGCCGAAUCGACGCCUUGGUCAACGUGUACAUUCACGAACUCAACCUCACCGAUAAGCAACUCGUCGUCACGGACGCCACCCUCGGGUCGCGCGUCGACACUCUGAACGCGACGCAGUACGAGCUCAAGGGCGCGGACGCGGGUCUGUCGAUUCGACUCGACUCGUUGGAGUCGUCGAGGAACGAGUCGCAGCGCGUGGACGCGCACGUCUCGGCGUUAAUCGCGUCUUUGAACGACACGGACGCGACGAUGAAGAGCGUGGACGAAGGGUUGGCGAAUCGAUUGGACGUGUUGAACGCCACGGAUGAUGGAUUGAAGAGUCGGUUGGAUGAUCUCAACGCCACGGACGCCGGAUUGAAGAAGACAGACAUUACAUUGAGUGGACGCAUUGACGAUCUCAACGCCACGGACGCAGAGUUGAAGAAGACAGACACCGCGUUAAGUGGACGCAUCGAUGAUCUCAACGCCACGGACGCCGAGUUGAAGAAGACGGACAUUACAUUAUGUGGACGCAUCGACGCGCUCAACGCCACGGACGCAGAGUUGAAAACCAAAGACGCCGAGCUGAUUGUGCACGUAGCGUCCCUGAACGCCACCGACGCCGCGCUCAAGGGCGUGGACGAAGGGUUAUCGAGCCGAAUCGACGCCUUGGUCGACGUGUACAUUCACGAACUCAACCUCACCGAUAAGCAACUCGUCGUCACGGACGCCACCCUCGGGUCGCGCGUCGACACUCUGAACGCGACGCAGUACGAGCUCAAGGGCGCGGACGCGGGUCUGUCGAUUCGACUCGACUCGUUGGAGUCGUCGAGGAACGAGUCGCAGCGCGUGGACGCGCACGUCUCGGCGUUAAUCGCGUCUUUGAACGACACGGACGCGACGAUGAAGAGCGUGGACGAAGGGUUGGCGAAUCGAUUGGACGUGUUGAACGCCACGGAUGAUGGAUUGAAGAGUCGGUUGGAUGAUCUCAACGCCACGGACGCCGAGUUGAAGAAGACGGACAUUACAUUGACUGGACGCAUUGACGCCUUGAAUACCACGGACUCGGAUUUGAAGACACGGUUGGAUGCUUUGAAAAGCCGAGUGCAAAGCGCCGAGGACGAAAUCACGACGAUAAAAACCGAAAUAGCGAGUCUUCUGUCUGCUGAAACCGAUCCACAAGUUGGAACCGUGACCCAAGACAAGUGGUGCGUCGGGACGUCCGAUGGCCAGGUUGAAUGCAGCCAAGAACCACCCGUUUCCGCUUUUCCUUCAUGUUUUAACGAUGGUUUGUUAACGUAUAACGGAACGCAGUAUACGUGUCGAUGUAUAAAUGGCUUCAGUGGAUCAUUUUGCGAGAUUCCAGAAAGUCUAUCGCGUUUAGAGAAGUUGGAGAUGUCAAAAGUCAACAAUACUCAAGCCGUUGGGGACUCUGUCAAUGACGGCACCAAUGCGUUUUCAAAAAUUGUCGACGGCGACAUUUCAACGGCUUGGGUAUCCGGUGGACGUGCAGAUGAGUAUGUAGAAUUUGACUUGCAAGCUGCAAUAACGAUAGUCGCACUUGCCAUCAAACUACCUUCGUUUCCAAGUUGGUUUUCCAGUUAUCUACCGAAAGAUAUGAAGCUUGAAGUGAGUAACGCUGGACACACUGGGCCAUGGGUCACUGCCAAAGAGUUCCAACUGUCUUUGACAGGCAGAUGGCAGAUUUUUGAUAUUCCUACUUUUGCAAUCAGGUAUCGCUACUAUCGGUUGUAUAUCGUGAACAGCCAUGGGUCGGACACACGUAAGACUCCUAGGAUAUCGGAGGUUGAAUUCUUCCAAAAUAAUACCGGAACGCGUAUCGCCCCGGCUACUGAUCCCCAGAAUCUUCCACGGGGGGCAAUCGCAGGCGUAAGUGCAACCGACCAAUGUGGCCCCGCCGAUUUUGAAAAUAGACAAACCUACGGUUGUUCAAGGUUGAGUAUUUGGCCCGUCGUUGCAAAAAACCCGGAUGCGUGGGGCUGUGAGUCGGGCUCAUUUCAAUAUAGCUCUCGUUCUGGCCAUCUGGCACACGAGGUGUGCACAUGUGCGGAGGGAUGGCAGGAUGUAUGGUUUCCUAUCAGUUACUACGACGGUUCUUCAACGAUGCUCACGUGUAUCCGAGUCUGA